AUGCCAAAAGACCAACUCGUCGCUCUGGCAUCCAACCCACACUUUCUCGGCGACGCGACCCUCAAAACUCAACACUUCAUUGGUGGGAGUAGAUUCGUGCAGGAGUCCGACGAGAAGAUCGUCGGACAUCAUCAGCUGCGAGUUGCGCAUCAACGGUACACGGAUGAAUCUUUGAAGACAGUGACUCUGAAAGGUCAUGCGCACGGAACGGCAACCAUGGAGUACAAGAAAGUCGAUGGGGUGUGGAAGUUUGGAGGACUAGAACCGAACAUUAGGUGGCAUGAAUAUGAUUAUGAUAGCAUGUUCGGAGGUGAGAAGAAAUCUGAUUCGGCACCGUGA